AUGUAUACUGGUAUGCUGGUAAGCAAUGUGUGCAGAGUAGUGAGUAAUGGACAGGUUGUCCUGUCUGCAGAGAGGGGAAGCCCGGAGCUCAGCUUAGGAUAUUUUGAGGAUGAAUUAAAAAACGAGCUAGCUUGGUCAGAGAAGAAAAGAUCGGCUCUUCACGUGAGCCUAAGGAAUGCACACCAUGCCUUGCAACAUCAGAAGCACUGCUUACAACAGCAAGAAAACGACAUAGUCAACAGCGAUGUGACACUUGAACAUUUGUUGCUGAGGCAAGAGCGUUUGGAAUCAAGAUUUUCUUACUUGAAACACAACAACUUAUGCCCAGGCUUUGUCAGUCGAGAUAUAGUUCAAACUAAAGAACACCAGUGUUUUGAUUACUUACCAGCGAAGAUUGAUUCCAGUAGAAUUACUGAUUUAGAAAGGGAAAUAAAUGAGAUCAAAAUGAAGAUGAGAAGAUAUUCUUUGUUGAAGGAAAAUAACUUCCACAGAUGGAACUUAUUUGAAGAAAGGAAAAACGAAGAAGCAGAGAUGCAAGAAGAACUGAGACAACAUGCAGAACUCAUGGAAGCUAAAUGCAGCAACGCAGAACGUGGGAGAGAAGCCCUGGAUCUGGAGAACACGUCACUUCAUUCUGGACUUUACCAAGCAAAAGUCACCUCCAAGAAACUGGAGAAGGAAUGCGUGAAGCUUCAGUCUCAAAUAGUGGCCAAUAGAAAUAUUAAUGAGAGCCUUCAUCUUGAAGUGUCAGCUCUGAAGAAGCACAGUCAUACAUUGGAAAAUGCUGUCAAAGCAUCAGCAAGUGAAAAUAAAUCACUCCAUUCAGAAAUUGAAAAUCUGCAUCAGGAAAAUCAGAGUCUGUGUUCUCAAAAAGAACUUUUGUUUAGCAUAAUGAAGAAAAGGGGAAAAAAUAAACAUCACUAUGAGGAGCAAAGCAAAAGCACCAUCAAAAUGAGCACCUAA